AUGAAAACUCAAAAUCAAAAACAAAAACAAAAUAACAAACCUAAUCUAUGUAAAUUUUUAAUUCAUAAAAGCGUAGAUUAUUACAGAUCUUUAAUAUUUAGAAGACAUGGAUAAAUAGGAUAUUGAGUAAUAAAAAAUUUUGAAAUUAUAAUUAUAAAGAAUAGAAAAUUUGAAAAAAGAGUAUUCUAAAAAAGACUAAGAAAUUUGUAAACUAGAACAGUAAGUUGAAUAAUUUAAAAUAUAUUAUGAGAAGUAUGAAAAUGUUAAAAAGCUUCUUGAGUCAGCUUUAGAAUAACUUGAGAAAAUAGAAAAUUAAAAUAAAAUGCUUUAAAGAAAGUUAAGUGAAUUUUAAGAGUCUUAUGCUAAAUUAGAAUUAAAACAUCAAAAUCUAUUAGCUGAUUUCAAUAAUGUCAUUAUGGAAAAAGAAGUUAAUUAAAUCUCUCAAAAUAGCAAUAUAAGAUUAGAACUAAAUGAACUUAAAUCACAAUAUCAUCAAAAGAUAUAACAUAUGGAAACAGAAAUAUUGAAGUAUAAACAAACGAAUUAAGAAAAAGAGUUAUAAAAUAAUAAUUUGCUGGUUUAAUUAAAUACAUAUUCUAAAUAAAUUCUAUAGUAUAAAUAAUAAGCUAAAAAUGUUGAUCUAAUUUUAAAAAAUCAUAUAGCUACGAAUAAAUAACAAAAUAACUCUUAUCCAUAAUCAAUAUGUGAAACAGAAAAUUAAAAAGAAGAUUAAAAAGAAGAUUAAAAUUUUAAAAUAUUAUGUUCUUAAUUAACUUAGGAUUAUGAUGAAGCUGUUAAGCGAAUAUAAUCAUUUAAAACAUAACUAACAGAAUAUAGAACAGAAAAUCUUGAAUUAAAGAAAUAUAUUCAAUAUUUAACAGAUAAAUGA